CCGGGCGCCGCGCGUCCUGCCCGGCCUGCGGCCCCAGCCCCUGCGCCGCUCGCCCACCCGCGAUCGUUCACCGGACCGUACCGCCCGGCCGCCCGGCCUGCCCGCGUGCGUGCUUUGGUCUGGGCCGGCCUCCGAACCGUCUGUCCCCACUGACCGGGCCAUGCCGAGUCGCCGCGUCGCCAGACCGGCCGCUGCGCAGGAGCUGGGGGCCUUGGGGUCGGCUGACCUCUCUUCGCUCUCGCUCGCCGUUUCCAGGACCACGGAUGAAUUGGAGAUCAUCGACGAGUACAUCAAGGAGAAUGGCUUCGGCCUGGAGGGGGCGCAGCCGGGCCCGGGCGAGGGGCUACCGCGCCUGGUGUCGCGCGGGGCGGCCUCCCUGAGCACCGUCACCCUGGGUCCCGCGCCGCCGCCGCCGCCGCCGCCGCCGCCCCCGGCCACGCAGCCGCCCUGGGGCUGUCCCCUGGGCCGGCUCGUGCCCCCCGCCCCGGGCCCGGGCCCCCGGCCGCACCUGGUUAUUACCGAGCAGCCCAAGCAGCGCGGCAUGCGCUUCCGCUAUGAGUGUGAGGGCCGCUCUGCCGGCAGCAUCCUCGGGGAGAGCAGCACCGAGGCCAGCAAGACGCUGCCCGCCAUCGAGCUCCGGGAUUGUGGAGGGCUGCGGGAAGUGGAGGUGACCGCGUGCCUGGUGUGGAAAGACUGGCCUCACCGAGUCCACCCACAUAGCCUUGUGGGGAAAGACUGCACCGACGGCGUCUGCAGGGUGCGGCUCCGGCCUCAUGUCAGCCCCCGGCACAGCUUUAACAACCUGGGCAUCCAGUGUGUGAGGAAGAAGGAGAUUGAGGCUGCCAUUGAGCGGAAGAUUCAACUGGGCAUUGACCCCUACAAUGCCGGGUCCCUGAAGAACCAUCAAGAAGUGGACAUGAAUGUCGUGAGGAUCUGCUUCCAGGCGUCGUAUCGAGACCAGCAGGGACAGAUGCGCCGGAUGGACCCAGUGCUCUCUGAGCCUGUCUACGACAAGAAGUCCACAAACACAUCAGAGCUGCGCAUUUGCCGAAUCAACAAGGAGAGUGGGCCAUGCACGGGUGGCGAGGAGCUCUACUUGCUGUGCGACAAGGUGCAGAAAGAGGAUAUAUCAGUGGUGUUCAGCACAGCCUCCUGGGAAGGUCGGGCUGAUUUCUCCCAAGCCGAUGUCCACCGCCAGAUUGCCAUUGUAUUCAAGACGCCGCCCUAUGAGGACCUGGAGAUUGUUGAGCCUGUGACAGUCAAUGUCUACCUGCAGCGGCUCACCGAUGGUGUCUGCAGCGAGCCGCUGCCCUUCACAUACCUGCCUCGGGACCAUGACAGCUAUGGUGUAGACAAGAAGCGGAAACGGGGGAUGCCCGACGUCCUUGGGGAGCUGAACAGCUCUGAUCCCCAUGGCAUCGAGAGCAAACGGCGGAAGAAAAAGCCAACCUUCUCAAACCACUUUCUGCCCAGCCACGGCUCAGGCCCAUUCCUCCCACCGUCAGCCCUGCUGCUGGACACAGACUUCUUCCCCGGCACCGUGUCCCUGCCCGGUCUGGAGCCUCCCGGCGGGCCUGACCUCCUGGACGACGGCUUUGCCUACGACCCCGUGGCCCCCACGCUCUUCACCAUGCUGGACCUGCUACCCCCAGCGCCGCCACUUGCUAGCGCUGUCGCUGGCAGCGGGGGUGCAGGGGUCGCAGUUGGGGAGCCCCCUUGCCCCGAGCCGCUGACGCUGGACUCGUACCAGGCCCCGGGCCCCGGGGACGGAGGCACAGCCAGCCUUGUGGGCAGCAACAUGUUCCCCAACCAGUACCGCGAGGCAGCCUUUGGGGGCGGCCUCCUGUCCCCCGGGCCUGAAGCCACGUAGCUCCCGCGGUGUCAGAGGAGAGGUGCUUGGUUGGGGGAGGCGCAGGGGCGUGCGAACACAACCGGAAUGUUCAGCACCCCCAUCCCCCUGGGCCACCCUUGGUCAGUUUUCCGAUCUCCUCAUUCUUCUUAACCGGACAUCUUCAGCGCUGGCGGGAAGCACCGUAGCUAUAGGUGUUUCCCCUUGAGCCCAUUUUACAAAUGAGAAAACUGAGUCUGGAAAGGAAAGGGGCGUUACUUCCGUGUACUAGCUUGUUAAAGCUGCCUCAAUCCCCCAAGUGGGGCACCUGCUCCAGCCGGAUUCCGGAAAGACUGUAUAUAUGAGAAGAGGGGGAAGAUCCCCAGCCUUCCUUCCCCAGACCUAAAGGUGGAGGGUAGGUUGGUUGUUCAGAGUCUUCCCAAUAAAGAUGAGUUUUUGA